AUGACCUGCACAUACCGGCACAGUUUUCUCGAAUCCGACGAAUUCUAUGCAUAUUCUCUGCAUUUUCUCUCAAUAUUCCAAAUUCCACUUCACAUUUUUGGCACUUACAUUGUAUUGUUUAAAACACCUAUUCAUAUGGAACGUGUCAAACUUUCAAUGCUUGUUCUACAUUUGACAUUCGCAUGGCUCGAUGUAUACCUUACAAUUUUAAGUAUUCCAGUUAUACUAUUCCCAAUCGUAUCAGGUUAUCCUCUGGGGCUGCUGUAUUAUUUAGGAGUUCCCAUAAGGUUGAUGGUGUACUUCGGAUUUACCUCUCUAUAUCUCGUAACUCCUGGAAUCAUACUAUUUUUUGAAAAUCGCUAUAACUAUCUAGUCCGUACUGAUUCUACAAGUCAAAGUCGGAAGAUCAAACGAGUCAUCCAACAUUUCAUCAAUUAUCUUCUCGCAUUCCUAGCAUUCCUUCCAGCUGCACUAGAAGAUCCAGAUAUUGCCAGAGCUCGUGAAUAUGCUCGUCAAAAACUUCCAUGUUUCCCCCCGCAAAUCAUCGAUAGCUCUCGAUUUUUUAUACUAGGAACUGAUACAACUCUUUUCUUAUUGGGAGUGAUCCCUUUUCUAAUCAUUGGCUGGACACAAAUUGCAACAUUUUUCAUUAGAACUUCUAGAUAUAUCUACAAAACCAAGGCCCAAUCCGAGAGGACUUCAAGUAUGCAGAAACAAUUUUUCAAAUCCCUCUGUAUUCAAAUUGCAAUACCUGUAGUAAUUAUAUUAAUCCCCGGAGGAUAUGUAAUUUAUACAAGUGUCAGUGGUAAUUUCGACUUGGCUUUAACCCAUAUUUCAAUUAUUUGGAUUUCAACUCAUGGACUAUUUGCAACUGUUGUGAUGAUUGUGGUCCACAAGCCGUAUCGCCAGGCAACUCUGGAAGUUUUGAGACUAUCAAAACCUCAAGGAUUACAUCAUAUUCGUGUUGUGCCUGUUUCAGCUUCCUAUAAUAUUGAUUGA